AUGUUUCGAGCGGCGGCCGCAGGGCCUUACGAUGAGGCCAUCAACAAGGCAACCGACGAGAACCUCACGUCCGAGGACUGGGGCGCCAUCAUGGAGGUCUGCGAUCGGGUAGCCACCGAUGCCAACGGCGCCAAAGAGGCUGUCAAUAGCAUGAUCAAGCGCCUGGCCCAUAGGAACGCCAAUGUUCAGCUGUAUACCCUCGAGGUUGCGAACGCCCUUUCCCAAAACUGCGGCAAGAACAUGCACCGCGAGCUCUCCAGCCGCGCCUUCACCGACGCCCUCCUCAAGCUCGCCAACGACCGCAACACCCACACCCAAGUCAAGGCCAAGAUCCUCGAGCGUAUGAAGGAGUGGUCCGACAUGUUCAAGUCCGACUCCGACCUCGGCAUCAUGUAUGACGCCUACUACCGCCUAAAGCAGUCAAACCCGACCCUACAGCCGCCCAGCGCCCCGCAAAAGAAUGUGCUCACCGAUGCCGACCGCCAGAAGGAGGAGGAAGAGCUCCAGAUGGCUCUCCAGCUCAGUUUGCAGGAGGAGGAACGGAAGAAGAGACCCGCUGGUGCUUCGGGGGCAACUGCGUCCUCAUCCAGUGGUGGUGCGGCCGCAGGGCCGAGCAACGCCGGGGGAGCAGGAGCGUCGGGGGAUGGCACGAACUCAACCGCUGGCCAGGCAGAGGCAACACCUCAGCCGGUUCCCUCGAGUACCACGGCCGCUACCGUGUCCCGCGUCAGGGCGCUCUACGACUUUGUCCCCUCGGAGCCGGGCGAGCUGGAGUUCAAAAAGGGUGAUGUCAUUGCCGUGUUGAAGAGCGUGUACAAGGAUUGGUGGAGCGGAUCUCUCAAGGGCAAGACGGGCAUCUUCCCUCUGAACUAUGUCGAAAAGCUGGCGGACCCGACCCCGGAGGAGUUGCAGCGUGAGGCGCAGAUGGAGGCCGAGGUGUUUGCGGAGAUCAAGAAUGUAGAGAAGUUGUUGACACUCUUGAGUGCUGGAAACACGGGUCCAAGGGAGGAGGAUAAUGAAGAGAUUUCGAAACUUUAUCACCAGACGCUAGCGAUUCGGCCCAAGCUUAUCAAGCUGAUUGAGAAGUACUCGCAGAAGAAGGAUGAUUUUACGCAGUUGAACGAAAAGUUCAUCAAGGCUAGAAGAGACUAUGAAGCGCUUCUUGAGUCUUCCAUGUCUCACCCACCAGGACCGACUUAUCACCAAUACGCAAUGAGACCUCCAAUGACCAAUAGCUACGGAUCUGGGGGAUAUGGCGCGCCUCCUCCGCAACAGCAGCAGGAGCCGCCCCGGUUCUAUAAUCCAGCGCCCGCUCAAGAUGCGCCCCAGUAUCCUGCGACCUCGCCGUCGCCAAACCCUAACCACUUCAUACGUCCUGCUGGCACUCCUGCGCCUUAUUACAUGGGGGGUGCUGAAGGCCCAGGACAACUUCAGCAUCAACAGCAACCUCCUUACCCUCAACAGCAGCCGCAACCAGCAUAUGGUGGCCCCUCCCGACCUCAAGACCAGCAGCGAAAUCCAUCAGGACCCAGCCCUAUGGCUCCCGCCCCGUUGAACACAACUUCCUCGCCACCCCCAGGGAAUCAGUACACCCCUUACCAAGCCCCUGGCGCAUCCGGAGCCAACAACCGCACAGAUUCAUACAGCAGUACAAACGGCGGUGCCCCCCAAGAGCUCUCUACCUCAGCCUACGACUCGCCCAUCGCUCAACACAGCACUAACCCCCUCUCCAACCCAUCCUACAGCGCUCCGUCCGCUCCCUCCUACAGCCAAGGGAGGCCUGGAGCUCCCACUGACGACCCCUACGGACCAACGAGCCCCGGAGCAGGAAGUAGCAGCAACGUAGGCUCCGCCCCUCCUCCUCCCUCCGGUCCCGCACCCUCCGCUCCUUCGGCUCCCUCAGCACCCGGUGCUCCCAACAGUUACGCACAGGGCGGAUAUCACAGCCAGAAUCCUUACGCCGCCGCUGCCGCUGCCGCUGCGGCAGCUGCUUCUUCACGGACGCAUGUCCCUGGGGUUUACGAUGGUGCUGGUAGCGAAGUAUCGUCGACGGCACCGCAGCCGCCUGCGGCAUUGCAGCCUGGUGGUGGGGCACAGCCUCAGUACAAGGCUUACGUGCCUCCUGGGGCGCCGUCAGCGCCGGGUGGUGGUCACGAGGGACCAAGUGCCCCGGGGGCGCCUGGACAGAAUGAUGGGUUGGCGGAUUAUUACCGGAGUGCUUACUAA